AGACUGACAGAGAGGGGAAAAGGCACUCUUCCUGAAGAGAGCAAGGGCUUCGGGAGAAGAGCUCUCCCUGCCAAGCUCUAGCGGGAAAGCCGGGUCUGGGGCGGGCGUCCCUUCCCCUCUUCGGAGGCAGCGAGGCGGACUUUGCAAAGCGGCUGGAGGAGGACGCCUCUUUCCCUGCGUGGCCUCCAGGAAUCUCCCUCCACGAGUGGAAGAGGCGGUCUGUUUCCCAGGAGGAGGAGGAGGCUAUCUUGGGACGGGGCUUCCGAGGGGAACUGGCCGCCAAUAGGGUCUCCAGAGCCAGAGAUCCAGAGGGGAAACCCACGCUCCUCCUCCUCCUCCUCCUCCUCGGUGGCUGGCACCCAGGACCUUCCUUGAGAGGCUGGCGAUGCGGUCGGAAGGAGAGGAGCCAAAGUCGGGCUGAGAAAGGAAAGCGAAAGGACUGAGUCCGGAGAUCCCCCGAAAGCCAGCCAGCCCCAGAUGAGGAUGAGGGCGGCGUGGGCUCUUCCCGCCGGCCUCCUCCUGGCCUUCUUGCUCCUGGCUGCUUCGGGGGCUGGGGCCGGCCUCCAGGGCUCCCGCACCGCCGCCGCCUCCGCCCCCAGCUUCUCCCGGCUGCAGCGCAAGAGCCUGGCCCUGGAUUUCAUCGUGCCUUCCCUCUUCCGCACCUACUUGCGGGAGCUGCUGCUGGAGCCCUCGGCGGCUCCCUUCAAGGCGCGGUGCCGGCUGGUGCUGGACUGCCCUCCGCUUCUUCUUGCCGCCGGCCCUUGGCUGCCCAGGAGCCCCAGCGCCGCGGAGCCGUCGGGGAAAGGAGGAGGCGGAGGAGGAGGGGCGGCCCGGGCGCCGUCCAAGGUGCUGAAAGGCCCCGCCGCCCGCAAGCUCCGCCGCGCCAAGCAGCUGGUCCUGGAAGUGGGCGAAGGCAAGCUCCGGCAGGGCUGCCAAGGGGAGCCAGGGGCCCAGCUGGAGUUCGGCCUCUCCGAGGAGUUCAGCUGGUGGCUCCGCUCCGGAGAAGGGCGCCUCAGGAUCCGGCUCAUGCCCGAGAGGAAGGCCUCCUUCCAAGGCAGGGAAGGGCGCCUCUCCGCCGCCAUCAGGGCCUCCCAGCCCCGCCUCGCCUUCCAAGUGGCCGCCCCGGGCCUCAGCAUUCCAGAAUCACCAACAAAUAUUCCCCCACACUCUUUGGAUUUUUCAGUGUGGAAUCUAUCUUGGGUCAUGAAGGAUUCCUCCCCUUCCUUUGUUCCCAGAGGGCGACAUUUUUUUGACUGCAAUUUUGAAUCUCCCUGUGAUCUGGAAUAUUUCCCACCAAUGAGGGAGACCCAUAACAGAUCCUGGCACAGAGUAAGUGCAGAUGAGCUCUCACAGAUCCAUCUUUUGGAUGGUCCAGAGAGGGAUUACUCUGACGAUUCAACAAAAGGCUCAUUCCUGUACCUUAACACAACAGAAAGCAUGAAGUUCCUUAUUCUGAGUCCUUGGUUGAAAAGCAGUAGUGAAGACUGCACUGUGCAAGUGGCUGUCUACAGAUACUUCCAGCAAAGUGGGGAAUAUGUUGUUCAAGUCCUUUAUGCUAAUGAAAGCCGCAUCAAAAUCCCGCUCAUCUCAAGCAGAGAAAAACACGGGUAG